UAUCCCUCCCUCCCUCCCUCUCUCCCUCCCCCACUCCACUCCCCACCCUUCCUUCCGGCUCCGCCCGCGCGCCGGCGAGGAGGGAACGACGAUGGAGCCGGGGGCCCAUCCUCCCUGCGCGGCCUGCGGGGACGACGCGCACGCCGCCUGCCGCGCCUGCAGCUACGCGCUCUGCAGGGCGUGCCUCGACGAGGACGUCGCCGAGGGCCGCGCCGCCUGCGCGCGCUGCGGCGGGGAGUACGCCGUCUCCGACCCAGCGCAUGCCAAGGGGAGCGCCAUGGAGGAGGAGGAGGAGGAGGCGGCGGUGGAGGACCAGCUCGCCGCCGAGGGCCUGCGUGGGCGGGUCACAAUGGCGAACCAACUCAGCGAUCGCCAGGAUGAAGUGAGUCAUGCCAGGACCCUUAGCAGCAUGUCUGGAGUUGGGAGUGAGUUGAAUGAUGAAUCCGGGAAGCCCAUCUGGAAGAACAGGGUUGACAGUUGGAAAGAGAAGAAGAACGAGAAGAAAGCCUCAGCGAAAAAGGCUGCGGCUAAAGCACAGGUUCCGCCUGUGGAAGAACAGAUCAUGGAAGAAAAGGAUUUGACAGAUGCGUAUGAGCCACUUUCCCGGAUCAUCCCUAUAUCGAAGAACAAGCUCACACCUUACAGGGCAGUCAUCAUUAUGCGGCUAGUAGUUCUCGGGCUUUUCUUCCACUACCGUAUCACCAACCCUGUCGACAGCGCCUUUGGUCUCUGGCUGACUUCAGUCAUAUGUGAGAUCUGGUUCGGUUUCUCCUGGAUCUUGGAUCAAUUUCCCAAGUGGUGUCCUGUCAACCGAGAGACUUAUGUUGAUAGGCUGAUUGCACGAUAUGGAGACGGAGAAGAUUCUGGGUUAGCACCUGUGGAUUUCUUUGUCAGUACAGUGGAUCCAUUGAAAGAGCCUCCGCUAAUCACUGCCAACACUGUGCUGUCCAUUCUUGCGGUGGACUAUCCUGUUGAGAAAAUUUCGUGCUACGUCUCUGACGAUGGAUCUGCUAUGCUCACGUUUGAAUCACUUGCUGAAACUGCGGAAUUUGCAAGGAGAUGGGUUCCGUUUUGCAAGAAGUUCUCCAUUGAGCCACGAACCCCUGAGUUCUACUUCUCACAGAAGAUUGACUACUUGAAGGAUAAAAUACACCCGUCUUUCGUCAAGGAGCGUAGGGCUAUGAAGAGAGAUUAUGAAGAGUUCAAGGUGAGGAUAAAUGCUUUGGUUGCCAAGGCUCAGAAGACACCUGAGGAAGGCUGGGUCAUGCAGGAUGGGACACCAUGGCCUGGGAACAACUCCCGUGACCACCCCGGCAUGAUUCAGGUUUUCCUUGGUGAGACCGGUGCUCGCGACUACGAUGGAAAUGAGCUUCCUCGGCUAGUAUAUGUUUCAAGAGAGAAAAGACCAGGGUAUCAACACCACAAGAAGGCAGGGGCUAUGAACGCUCUGGUCCGAGUGUCUGCUGUUCUGACAAAUGCUCCCUACAUUCUUAACCUUGACUGUGAUCACUAUGUUAACAACAGCAAAGCUGUGCGUGAAGCAAUGUGCUUCAUGAUGGACCCUUCUGUUGGUAGAGAUGUCUGCUAUGUCCAGUUCCCACAGAGAUUCGAUGGGAUUGAUCGCAGUGAUCGUUAUGCCAAUAGGAACGUCGUGUUCUUUGAUGUUAACAUGAAAGGGCUUGAUGGCAUCCAAGGACCGGUUUAUGUGGGAACUGGUUGUUGUUUCUAUAGGCAAGCACUCUAUGGUUAUGGGCCACCAUCUCUGCCUGCCCUUCCAAAAUCUUCGGCUUGUUCGUUCUGCUGCUGCUGUCCUAAGAACAAGGUUGAAAAAACUGAGAAAGAAAUGCACAGAGACUCCAGACGAGAAGACCUUGAGUCUGCCAUUUUCAAUCUACGGGAAAUCGACAACUACGACGAGUAUGAGCGGUCCAUGCUUAUCUCCCAGAUGAGCUUCGAGAAGUCAUUUGGACAGUCUUCGGUAUUCAUUGAAUCAACCCUUAUGGAGAAUGGAGGUGUUCCUGAGUCUGCAGACCCUUCUACACUGAUUAAAGAAGCCAUUCAUGUCAUUAGUUGUGGGUAUGAAGAGAAAACUGAAUGGGGAAAAGAGCUUGGUUGGAUCUAUGGUUCAGUUACAGAGGAUAUUCUGACUGGGUUUAAGAUGCAUUGCCGUGGGUGGCGAUCCAUCUACUGCAUGCCGAUAAGACCCGCAUUCAAGGGAUCAGCCCCAAUCAACCUUUCAGAUCGUUUGCACCAGGUUCUUCGGUGGGCUCUCGGUUCUGUCGAGAUCUUCUUCAGCCGGCAUUGCCCGCUGUGGUAUGGCUACGGCGGUGGACGUCUGAGAUGGCUCCAGAGGCUGUCCUACAUCAACACCAUCGUCUACCCCUUCACCUCUGUUCCUCUCGUCGCAUACUGCUGCCUACCUGCCAUUUGCUUGCUCACCGGCAAAUUCAUCAUUCCCAUCCUCUCCAAUGCCGCGACGAUAUGGUUUCUUGGCCUCUUCACCUCCAUCAUCCUGACGAGCGUCCUGGAGCUGCGGUGGAGCGGCAUUGGCAUCGAGGACUGGUGGCGCAACGAGCAGUUCUGGGUCAUCGGCGGCGUAUCUGCUCAUCUCUUUGCCGUGUUCCAGGGUAUCCUCAAGAUGGUGAUCGGGCUGGACACCAACUUCACGGUCACGAGCAAGGCAGCAGAGGACGGCGAUUUCGCUGAGCUGUAUGUGUUCAAGUGGACGACGGUGCUGAUCCCGCCUACGACAAUCCUGGUGCUCAACCUCGUCGGCGUGGUGGCCGGGUUCUCGGACGCGCUCAACAGCGGCUACGAGUCAUGGGGGCCGCUCUUCGGCAAGGUGUUCUUCUCCAUGUGGGUGAUUAUGCACCUGUACCCGUUCCUCAAGGGUCUCAUGGGCCGGCAGAACCGGACUCCCACCAUCGUCAUACUCUGGUCCGUCCUGCUGGCCUCGGUCUUCUCCCUCCUCUGGGUCAAGAUCGACCCCUUUAUCAGCGGCGCCGAGACCGUCGCCACCGGAGCCUGCAGCAGCAUCGACUGCUGAGCAGCUGUCAUUGCUUGGAGUUGGAGGUCCAGGCAAUUGUUUGCUGGUUAGCGGAUGUGUGUAUUUGAUCAAUGUAAAGACCGUUGGUAUCCUCUCAGGCCUUUGUCCACCAUUUCAGAGGUGAUGUAGGCUACUAUUUUGGGUCGAUUAUUUCAUUGCUGUUGACUCUGUUAUGUAAAGUUUUGAUGUUAAAGCCGCUGGAAUUGUGAGCGGACAAAGUUGAAGUUCGCGUAAAGCAUAUUUGUAGAAAGGAAACAUGUAACUCCGUACAGAGAGAGAGAAAACGCAUAAGAGGAACUUGAAAUUGCACUGGUA